AUGACUUCAAGAAUCAUCUCCAAGAAGCGAAAGCGACACUCACCUUCACCCGCCGCGCCCUCCAGGAAAAAUCCCAUCGCGACAACCGUAAAGGGACUACACAAAGCCAAAGACGACUUCACUGGUGCCCCCGUGGCUGACGAUACACUCUGGUACCUCACAGUAAACACACCUUCCGAGGACACCUGGACCUACCACGGCCCAACCAAAACCUUCGCAGCCCUAGUCCCAGUAAUCGAAUCCACGAUUCGGGCCUCGACCAGUGUAACCGCAAUGCCGAAAUGGCAAAAGCUCCUCGCCGACGACGCAGAAGAGCAAGAAAACCAAGCCACGGAGCGCGAAAUCCACGGCGACGCCUUCGUAGACUCGCGCCUCGCCCAAGGCAAACUCCGCGCAAAACUGCUAGACGUAGGUAUAACCACAUUCGUGAUCCCGCGCGUGCUGUUCCAGGCAGAGGAAGGAGGCGUGCAGACGAUCUUGCAGAUCGAGCGUGAAGUAAAUCCGGCCGUGUACCGCAUGCUUCCCGCACCUGUUUAUACUGUAUCUUGUGAGGGCCCGGUUCCUAACGAGCAUAUGUUGAUGACGGAGGCGGAGAAGGGCAGGCAGUUGGAGUUUAUGCGUGCGUCGGGGAAGGCGCCGACGCUGCCUGCGCCGAGGUCGACGACGUCGAGGAUUGUUGGGUCGUUUGCGAGUACGGCUGCGGCGAGGAGUGCGGCGACAGAGACUAUGGAGGAGCUGUUGGAGGGGACUGAGGAGUGGAAAAUUACUAGGAAUGAGGCGUGGGGUGCUGAGAAGAAGAAGCGGAAGAAACCUAAGAAGCCGGUCAAGCCGACUGGGCAGGGUGAGACGGAGAAGAAUGGGCAAGCGACUGGGGGGUUGUUGAUGGCUAUGACGCCAGACGGGCGCUGGGAGGUGAAGAUCAAGUAUGAGGAGGAUUGCUUGGCUGGUACUUCGUGA